GUGCUUGCUGUCACAUUGUAGAGGUUAUGUUUAAAAUGAGUGUUUAAAGUAUUGAUAACGAAUGUUUAUCACUUAAGAGGCUAGAAAUUUGAUUGCGAUUUUUUAACUUACAUGUUUUAUCUUGAGAUAUCAAGUUGUAUACGCUCAGUAUUCUAACAUAUCGGUUGUGUAUGGCAGUUAUCGCGAGUGAGCAGCUGAACUGUACUGAACCUAGUUGUGUAAUCCUUUUAAUCUCAGCCAUGGUUAUUCGUUAACUUUAAAGUGGCUUCUCUAAGUCAGUUACUGCAAACACGCAGCAGCGUUCACACUUGUUUGGCGCGGAUGUGGUUAAUAUAAUGUCUGCUAACCCAGCGGAUGCUUGUGGUCUACUCGACCAGAGCAUUCCACAGUGGAAGAGAGAGUUGAUAAUACGAAGACGAGCUCUCGGACGAACGCUUCAAGUUGGCAGUAGUUCCGUAAAGCUUACAUGUCCAGCUGUCGUUGCUAUAGUCCGGCAACCUGAGGGAUUGAGUGCAAUUGAUGGUGUUACGAACAAACAACUUUCGUUGCCUGGCGAUGUGUCAUCUUCGUCAUUCAGUUCACUGAACCAAAACUCAGUGGACUUUCACCCUAGUACAUCCUCAGCUGUUGCAGUCCGUAACAUGCGGCUGUUGGAUGCAUCCAACGAAGUGGAUAACCUAGUGUUUAGUGAUGUUGAAGUGAAAAAUAAACAAGGUGAAGUUAAUAGUGAUAUAUGUGUGAACUAUAAUCUAAUUAUGGGUGAAGAUAAAUCAUUUAGUAGUAAAAAGAAAAGAUCUACCUCUAGAUCUAAAUGUGAUCAAAACAACAGCAUUAAAAGACAACAAAAUUUAUUUAUUAAUCAAGUGUCAAGUGGAGGAAUGAAUGGUAAAAGUAAUAAUGAUGAAGAUGGUUUAUCAGAUUCAAGUGAAGAACUUCAGUAUGGACCAGGUAUUGUAAAUAAAUUAAAAACCAAGUAUUUAAGUAUGACUUUACGAGAACAGAAACGGCAAUUAAGACCAUCAAUUAUAAAUUUACGAAGAGCUACAAGUCUUGAAAACAUGUUAGAAGGAGAUGGAAACAUGAAUAAACAAAAUAAGUCAACUGAAGAAACCGGUUUAAAGACUGAAAAUGUGUCUGUAAACAACAAAAGUAAAACUUUUUCAAAUUCUCUUGGGUUAAGCUCUCAUCGAGCAAUGAAAUAUUUAGGAAACCGUUCUCUAGAAACAAUGAAAAGGGCUAGGUCAAUGGAUACAUUAUUAAAAUCUGAAUCAAGAACAAUCCUUAAAAAUAGCUUAGCAAGUGUUGAUAAUAAACAUUUUAUGAACCAAGCCAACGAUUUCUCAAAACCUAUAGCUUCUAUUGUGAAUGAAAAUAUUAUAAUAGUUGAAAAUGUUCCAGUUAGCGUACCUAAUACUGAUAAUUUAAAUGAUUUGAUUCCUUCUAAUGAUUUGUCUAAACAUUUAAAACGAAAUAUAUCUGAUGAAAAAGAAUUACCUCCACCUGAUCUUGUGAAACAAGCAUUGAAAAUAUUUGAAACUUCACCAAAAAAGAGCUUAAAACCUGCAAGCCAAAACAACUUAUCUAAACCUUUAGUGGGAUCAUCUAAUUCUAAUAAUCAAGCUGUUAAUAAUCGAACUACAGAUAAAGGGAAGAAUAAUUUUUCAAAACCCUCACUCUCUCCUAAACCAGUUCUUAGUCCGGAAAGACUGAAACAAAAUAGGACACGUAUGACUGGGUCUCCUAAAAAGAGUCAAAGUAGUAAUGACACUAUUUUGGUCAAUCCUCUCCAAUCAUCAAAAAAUGGUCAACAUAUAACAAAACCACAACUACAUGUGGAUACAACUGAAUCUAUUAGUAAUGUUAAUACAAACAUAUUAGCAAAACCCAGUAAAACAGGAAUUACUUCUCCUAAGGCAAUGAGUCCACGUAGCAUCUCACCUGUUGUUACUGUGUUAUCAAAUAAUGAACAAGGUUCUUCGACGACAGUUGACACUAGAGGUACUUCUAUUAUGGAUUCACAAAAUAUGUUACAAAAUACAGACGAAGUUGAAGAGGUUGAUGGCAGAGAGUUUUCAAAAUCAGUUCCUGAGGGUGCUUUAGAGAACAUCCGAAGAGGAGGAGUUUCAAUGCAGUUUAGCUUUAACAAUGAAAACUCAGUUCAUAAUAAAUCAUACUUACCAAGAUCAAAGAGCCCUGCACAAGCGGUAAACACAUCACUUAUUAAAGACAAACUUGAGAAGUCGCCUCCUGCCAGUAUUGCUCCUUUAAGAUCAUCAAGUUCAACUCAUACUAAGCAAGUUGGCAUAAUUAGACCCCUUGUAACUUCGAAAAUGCAAUCCACUCAUCCAUCUUCUCCACCAUUAACAGAACAAGAAAUUGAAAAAAAUUUGAUAAAUCGUGUUAAAUCCAUAGAACAACCCAUUAGUAAGGUCGUUGUUGCUAUAAAAGCUCAUCCAGAUAAUGUAGUUUUAGGAACAGUGUCACCUGAGACAGUCGCAAAUAAACUUAACGUUACCCAACCGCGUGUGAGUGCUAAUCCUAAAACAAGAACUCAGGGACUAUGGGAUGACAAACAUUGGCAUCAAAAUCAAAAUACAAUUGUGUUUAAUUUUAGUGAUCGCAAGGAAGUACCAGAUUAUAUUGAAAAUGAUGGCUUGAUAUUCAGAGGAAUACGAGACCGACCAAGGCCAGGGGAGGAUGGCAUCAUUCUGCUCGACAGUACCGGCGAAGAGUCCUCCACAGACGUCGAGGAGUUGGAUCCUCCUUCGCCAUGUGAUGUCACAUUCGUAGGCGACAAUGUGCUCAUCAACGGCAAGUCCAAUCUAAAGAAGAGUCCUAAACAAGUCAAGCUGAGGAUUAAAUUCAAUGACGAGGCGACAACAAUGUUUGAGUACCCGUCAGAAGCAUCGUUGGCGGAGGAGGAGACAGUGCAGCAGGAUAAUACAGAUGGAGGCACAAACAGAAGCCAUGCACCACCCUCCCCCAGCCUGCCCCUCGCCCUAGGAGGAACCCUGGGUGCCUACACCCCUCGUAAGAUGGGGACAGGAGAAUGGCAGCUAGGUGUGACACCUCUACAGCAGCCCUCCACCAGUCCUGCGCCCUUACAGCCCCCACCACAGGACCACCUCAAGCCAGCCCCGCCAGAGUCUACGGUGGUGUGGAGUGAGGACACCGCCUCCGAUCUCCUCUUCUAGUUUAUCCCGAACAUUUCCUCAACUGAUUAUUCCUGUAUGUAUUUUAAGAAAUAUUUAAGAGGAAGCUGUACAUUCUGUGUAGAAAGUUCACAUUGUUUAUUUAUUUAUAUGUUUAGGCUCUCAAAUUUAUUUGUUUUCACUCUAAUUCUUCCAACUGUUGAUUUACAUUUAUGUGUUUGUGACAUGGUUCAUAUAAGUUAAUGAACCGUUAAACUUGUCAUCCAUUAAUUCAUUAAAUUUCUGUGUUAUUUGCUAUCACACAUUCUUUAUUCAAAAAUAUCAAUAAUAUAACAGAUCAAAGUAAAUUAGAAUUUUCCAAAGUGUGUUAAAAUUGGAUUAUAUUAAACUAUUUAUGUGAUUGUGAUAUUUAUGUACUGUAUUUAUGUAUGCGCUCAUAUUAUUAUAUUGCUUUUAUUGCUUAUUCAUAUGUAUAACAUUUUGUUAUAACUGGAUAUUGAAUACUACUUCUAAGCAAUCAUUUUUCAUAAUGUAUAGUAUUAACGCUCAAUUAAUUGUAGCUCACUCCUACAGGGGCAAUUCUGUAUUUCUGGUUCUAGUUAAGAAUAUGAGUAAAAGAUUUACUUGAUUUACUUAAGAAUAUGAGUAAAAGUAACAAUAUUAAUGUAGAAUAAAAUCAUAUUUGGUGUGUCUUAAUGAAAUUAAUUGGUGUGGGCUAUUUCUAUUCCAAUUCCUCUUAAAAAAAUUUACCUUCUAUUUUAUGAUAUGUUAAAUUCAAUGAAAACUUAAUUGGUUAUUUUAAGGAUGGUGUUACUCAAGGUUUACAUUAAUCUUUGAGAAACAGGUGCAAAUAAAACUUGUGUUCCUAUCUCCAUAGUGAGAAGCUCAAAAAAGUUGAUUUUUAUUUUUAUCAGCCUAUUGUCUUGCCAGGUGUUUUUUUAGAACAAUGUAUUGUAUGAUUAUAGGAUUAUUUACGUUAAUAGUUUAUAAAACAUUCCUAGUCCUAAACUUGAACUAUAUAGUAGAUUUUCAAUUAGUUAAAUGUUGAGUGAUGUGUUGCAUUUAAUACGCUCAUAAGCUAUGCAUGUCAGUUUUGUAUGUUAUAUAGUGAAUAUUCAAUAUUUAUAAACAAUUAAUUGCUGCAUCUUGUACUGCUUUUAUUUGCUGUAAAGAACUUAACUGUACAAUAAAUUAAGUCUGAUAGUAGACUGAUAAGAAUGUUCUGCUGUAUAAGACAUAGUUAAAAAAAAAACUAUUUCUUGCAUAAAACAAAAACUUAAAUGACCAAGACAAUAUGAAACUGUAAUUACCUGAGAAAAAUAAAUUACAAACAUUAUUACUAAUAUAAUAAUUCAAAUUCUCUAUUAUAUACUUUGUAAUACUAAAAGGUCUGGAAGGUCUAUAAUAGAAGAUUCUUUUUUACAACCUAUUGUUCAAGUGAAUAUAAGUGGAUGGAACAUGAUAAUCUGUAUUUUUGUAAUUUGUUGUGUCUUAUAUAUAAAUAAGUGUCAGAGUUGCAAUCAAA